AACCUGUAAUACAAAAUGUGGGUGAAAAUGAAGCUGUAUCAAAAUAUGGCGGACAGUGAAUGUUUCAUUGUUGGAAGCCGGAUUUCUUGCACCACCGUUUAUAAUGAGAAACUGGAAGGAGAGGUCGCUGCUUUCGACAUAGGUACCAAAUUGCUAAUAAUUAAAUCUAAUGCCACAAGUGGUAAUUCCAAUCUCCAUGAUAUGAAACUUAUCAAUCUUGAUUAUGUGAAAGAUGUCAUUGUGUUAGCAGAUGCUAAAGAACAGCCUCCACAGCUGAUGCCUCUCAACCUAGCAAAGCUGACCAGCCGAAUAAGACAGAAUGUGGACAGCAAGAAAGAGAGGGUCAAUCACGUUGGUGUUGGUGUUUCAGCCGAAGGACAGGCAGUUUUUGAUGCAAUUAUCAAAACCAUUGCAGAAACUAAAUGGAAAGGAAAGAAUAUAAUUGUAAUGGAAACAGUAGAAAUAACACCUCCAUAUGGGAUGGAGAACUGCCAUGGACCCGAUGGGAAUCAAAUCCUCAAUCAUGUAAAAAAGAUAGUUCACAAACACAUGAGUAAGAUAGAUUCACAGUUACCAAACAAUCUCAGGAAAUCUUUAUCCCCAUCGCCAUCGCCGGCUACAUCUUCUUAAAGAUUCUCUCACUUAGCACUCUUUUUCUCUCUCUCUCUCUGCUCUAUUCUCAACUCCCUUCUAUCUUUCCUUCAUCUUAUUUUCUACUUAUUUUUUAUUUAUUUUUUUUUUCUUCUCUCUUCUCACCAGCACCUUUUCCCUGCCAACUUUCUUUUGGUCCUUCUGCCGUUCUUUCUCACCCCCAAACCCCAAUUUGCUAUAGAGAGUAAAGACAGCCAAAACUUACAUAGAUUUACUGGGAUCAUGGUUGGAAUCCCCUCCUCAUCACCUCUGCUUCCCAGUUAUUUUUACACAGCAGACCCCUGCCUUUUGUUUUGUUUUUACAUAUAUUUUUUUAAUUAUAUUUUUAUAUUUAUUUAUUUAGCUUAAGUGUGUGGUAGGGGUUUGUUUGUGCGUCAUUGAACAAGUUGGUGGGGGGAGGUUUGUUUGUUUGGUUGGUUGGUUGGUCAGUUGGCUACUGUUGAGUGACCCCCAUCUUCCCAACCAGAUUUCAGAUCCAAGCUAAAGCUAAUUAAUUAUCCUCGGGGAGGUGGGAAUAUAAUGAAUGUCACAAUCCCUCUUUCCCCUUCACCAACCUCCUCUCUCUUUUAAAAAAAUGUAGGGUCUUUACACUUUGCUACAAACAAAACAAACAAACAAAAAAUGUUUUCAUGUCUGUGUAGUUACACAUGAAUGUAGCCGUGUGAUGUAUAGAUGUUUGGGCAUUGUGUGUGUGUGUGUGUGUGUGGUGGAGGUUAUGUGCAUGAAUGAUGAUAGAUAGGGUGGUGUUUCUGAAGCCGUGGGUACUGUCCCUCCUCUUAUUUGACUUCAAUUCUUUUAGAACUCACCAUUUCACUUCCUGGUUUUGCUUAUAUAACCUUAAAGACAGGUGGAGGGGUAGGGGGUGUUAUUGACCCAGAAUGGUUUGCAAGACAUGGACAUCACAGUUUUGUGUGUGUCUCUCUUUCUGUCUGUCUGUCUCUCUCUCUCUCAAACAUGUUUUGAUAUUACAAUCCUAGGUGUGGUGGCGAGCUAGCAGAAACAUUAGCAGGCUGGACGAAAUGCUUAGCGGUGUUUUGUCUGUCUUUAUGUUCUAAGUUCAAAUUCCGCUGAGGCCGACUUCGCCUUUCAUCCUUUCGGGGUUGAUAAAUUAAGUACCAGUUGCAUACUGGAGUUGAUCUAAUCGACUGGCCCCCUCCCCCCAAAUUUCGGGUCUUGUGCCUAGAGUAGAAAAGGUUAUCACAAUCUUAGGUGCAUGGUACACUGAGAUUAAUAAAGCAAAACCAUGGCUGGGAUCCCUUAGGUGAGAGAUCUGCUCAAUUACCAUUCACCUGAAAGCUUUCAUGCCUGUCUCACAGAUAACAAACGUGUGUGUGCGUUGAGUGAUGUUAUUGUGUUGUUGUAGAGUUAGUGGUGAGAUUGUGUUGUUGUAUGGAGGGCAUGUGUGUGUGCAUGCUCCGGGGGAAGAAUGUUUUGUUUUUUUUUGUCUAAUCAGUAUAUUUAGGAUGAAAUGCUUGAUAAAAGAAAAUUAAAACCCCUUAUAAUGGGCACAGUAGGUGGUGGUGUUGGGGUGGUUAGAUGAGGUGCUGGACUUAAUACCCGUGAUAACAUAGUCAACGUUUGUAUUAAACUGCAAGAUUACCUAGUAAUGUUCUGUGUAUGUGGUGGUAGUAGUGGGGGAACCAUCUGCCUUCUCUGACCAAUUUGAGCAAAAGACAUAACUCUGCUUGUUCUUCUUCACAUGGUUAACAACAACAACAACAAGAGGCCACCCUAUCCUCUGAGUUCUAACUCCUGCUGCUUUUUUUUUUUUCCUUUUUUUUUACCUUUUGCCACAACUACACACACACACACUGACCCAUCUGAAAUCAAUGAAAAAAUUAUUAGUCAUUCACUGAUCUCGACUUAAAAAAACUCUCUCUGUUUUAUCUGCCUGUAUUGGUAAAAUUAUUCUUAGCUGUUGAGGUCCGAUAGUGUUAAAACAUUCUAUUAUUUUACUAUCAGUUUGAGCCAGAGGCUGUGCCCAUGCUGAAGCACUGCCAUUAGCAUUCAUUAGUUGUUCAUUUCCUGACCCUCUCUUCAGAAUUGGUCCUGGUGAAAUUGUGACUUGGACAGAGCUGCCUUUCUUUGUGUUUCUUGCCAUGAUGUUGGUUAAUCAAGUAUAUGAGAAAAAAAAUGUCAGUGUUCUCUAAACACAUUCACAUCAACACCUUGUACAUCUCUGAGGCCUUUUGGCAAGGUAUUGAAAAGUAGUAGACCUUUGAACCCUCUUCCUCGAGACAUAAAGAUUUUUGAUAAUCGUAAUUUCACACACACACACACACACACACAAAAUACGUUUCUUUCAAUUUCCCUUUACCAAAUCCACUCAAGGCUUUGGUUGGCCUAGGGUUAUAGGAAAUGACACUUGCUCAAUGCAUACACCAUAGAAAGUCAUCUUUUGAACUACUAGGUAUGAUCUGCAUGUCCAGUAUUCCAUACAUAUCACUCCUGCACCAUCUGAUAUUGAACACAUCAUCACCACCACUACCACCACCACUGCCAAUACUGUGCUCUCUGAUGACAUACCCUGGUUUAUUUAUUGUAUGGUGACCAUGCAUCAAGGCAGUCCUGUGUCUGUAAGGUUACAUUGCUUGCAUAAGCCAGUUGGUUCCUGAAUGCUUGUAGUCCCAGGUUGUGGUUGCUGUUGAGACAGAUCUGAAGUGACUUGUGUGUGAAUGUAUUAUUUCAUUUAGUGUGUGUGUGUGCAUGUAUGUAUGUGUGUGUCUUUGUUUUGCUGUAUCAACAUUUGUCCCUGAGAGCCCCGUAUUCCUCUAGCCCUCUCCCUGGUGUAUUAAUGGAGGAGGGACAGAGGUUCUGUUUUUUUUUUUUGUUCCUUUCUUAACGUGAGAAAUUGUUUCCUUGAAUUUUUUUGCUCUAUUUAUUAUUAUUAUUAUUGUUAUCUUGUUAUUUUUGUCACUAUGUUAUGUUUUUUUAAUACAAUUCACACACACAAAUGAAACCCUUGAACAAUGAAAUCUCACACACUGCCCCAACUCCUCCAACCUAUUGCUCAACUGAAGGGUUUUUUCUUUGUCUUUUUUCCUUUUCCCCCUCUCUCUCUCUCUCCUCUCUCUCUCCAGUGUCAUUUCUUGUAGCAAGUCCCUUGUCAUUACAGCAGUUUUGUUUUCCAGGUUGCAUGUAAUCAACAGCACAAAUUGUGCAAUGAGUGACAACUGCUGCACUGUACUAAAAGAAAAAAAAAAAGAAAAUUUACUCUCCACCCUCUCUCUUUCCCUCUCUUUCACUCUUCUGUCACACUCUCCUCCACCUCACCUCUUCUUUCACAGCAACAUUGCAGAUGGAGAACAAAUCUAUAUGCAAUCUAAAAAGAGAAAAAUGCUAGUCUUGUUGUUGUUGUCAUUGUUGGCACUACAAAUUCUGCAAUUGCUUUGGUUGUUGUUGCCACAGAAAGGGCCACCAUCACCACCACUACUACUAUAAUUGUGAUUGUUAAAAGUUAGAAGGGAUAUUGCUGUGGACAUCUGACUGCAGAGCUGCAGCCAACAUUGUAGGUGUUCAAAGGUCAGAUUUUUACCUGGUCUGACCCGACAGCCCUUUAUGUAUUUUUGCUGGACCCUUUCCCCCAUCCCAUAAAAAAAGUCUGGUGGUGAAUCUUUUGAUCAUUUGACUGAAUUUUCUUUUCUUCUUUCAUCCUACAACACUAAUUCUUAAAAAAAUUUAUUAGGCAAAGUGGAAUAAACUCUCUCCCUCUCUCUCUCUCCUCUCCCUCUCUCUCUCUCUCCUCUCCCUCUCUCUCUCUCCCUUUUCCUUUCUUUCCCUGUCUCCUUAUUUAAUUUCCAUUCUAGUUCCAAAUGGCAACAAUUGAGAACAACCU